UGGAGUAUUGGCUGCUGUGUCUCCUUGAUCAGGCACUAGCACUCGCUAAAAGUACAAGUAGUGUUUUUUUGAAGAAAAUAAAGAACCGCGCCGGCGCUCUGUUAUUCUGCGCGCCGGCAACAUCGUGCGUCAGUAUCGCUACGAUGACUUGGUGAAAAUUGGCGGCACUUCUUUCCGGGAGUAGGGAGAGGUGGAGGUUUUGGUUUGCAUUAACCUCCGAAGGAACACGAACAGAACGCCAGCAGCAGCACCAGCACAAAAAUGCAGGCCACAACGAGUGCCGAGGACCCGAAGGCCGGGGUCUUGAACGACCUGCGGCGAGAGGCGGAACAGCUGACCAAAUACCAUCGGGAAUUGAGUAUUAAUUUCAUGAUCAUGAUGUUUUUGUUCGACGAAAUGCAUGACAAAGACAAAGUCACUUCUUCGUGCUGUUCCCGCAUGAGAAAAAAAAUUAUCAGAUGAAAACAACCCGAACAAGCUCCUGUCCGCCGACAUGAUUGAGCAAGUGACCAAAAUGGAAACGGAGCGCACGCUAUCAAAUGCAAAAAUGUCUGGGUCUGGAAGAGUGGAACACUUGUCAUGCACAUUUUGCAUGAACGAUGAUGCCUGUAAUGCAUGACCUAGCAUCAGAGAUUGUGCGAGGGCUUCCUGAUGCCUAUACCGCAUGAGGAAUACCCCCUCCGCGUAGCAUAAACUGGGCUCCUCUUGUUCCGUACGCAAUACAGUUUUUUUUUGGAAUCCAAAGACAGCAUGACAAGUCCGUCCAUCCUCGUCCCAGACCCAGACAUUUUUGCAUUUGAUACACGCAGCUGCUCGAGUGGGGCGAGAAUUUGUACAAGGAGGUUCAGAAAUUAGAAUUGGAGAAGCAGAGACUGGAAGACCAGAUCGACACGGAACAGAAGGUAUGCAUUGCAAAUAUGUCUGGGUCUGGAACGUUGCAAGACUUGUCAUGCAGGUUUUCCAUAACCCAUGAGGUCUGGAAUGCGAAACCUAGCAUGACAGAUCUUUAUUUGAGGUCACUAUCAUGCUUCUCCUGCAUGGGAAACUCCCUCUCAACUUGGUCAAAAGCGGACAGCUUUUUGUACUCACGCAACACAGAUUUUUGCAUCAUUCAGAUUUAGCAUGACAAGUUUUAAUCUUCCAGACCCAGCAGACAUAUUUGCAAUGCAUAGAAGGAAACCUCGGAGUUGAAACUGUCAAACGAGAAGUUGACGCAGAAGUGCGUCCAACUCGAGGCGGUUUUGAAGGGAAACACGAAUCUCGGGACGAGCUCGUUGAAAUUGGAGACGAUAAGCAACAUGGAGAGCGGGGAGUUGAGGAAUAAACUGAGUAUUGAUAUUACAGUACGUUUUUGUCAUUUCGCAUUCUCAACAGCAGUACAACACCGUGUCGUUGAUAAAAAUACCUCCUCGUCAAAAUUCUUUAUACAAGUAACGACGAAAUCUAUCAGGUGAAUACGCGAAGGAGAUCGACAGUCUGCGGCGGCAAAACGCCCAAGCCUAUCAGGAUCUCCGGGACGCGCAGCAAAACUCUAACCAACGAGUGAUGGAGAGGGACAGCUAUUUCCUGACAGUGGAAGAGUUGGAGAACAACUUUCAAAAACUACAAGACAAGUACACGGUGAUGGAGGCCGAGCUUUCCACCGCACAGGAAAACCGGAAGCACUUGGAAGACCGAUUGCACGAGGCGCAGUUGGAAUUAGACGUGAUGUGCGCCAGUUUGAAACUCACCAGAAGAGAAGCGGAAACCCACGUCAUGCACAUGGAAGGAAUGGACCGGAGUACGAAGGUAUCUAUAGUUUUGUUGUUUUGCAUGCAGCUCCGCGCGCUACAGAAACAAUAAGGUCUGUUGUUAUCCACGCAUGACAAACUGAAUUAACCAAAACAGCACAAGCAAGAACUGUUCACCCACUUGACCGAGAUGGUGGAGCCCCUCCGCACCUGUUUCAUCAAGAUGCAGCAGGCGUACGCGCAGCAAACGAAAGAGUACGGUUAUUGUGAAGAAAAAUCCCCCCUCCCCAUACCAAAGCGGGAUACUUCUGAAAAUUUGUGAUGCUGAUUUGAGACCACAAAUCGUCUCUGUAUUGCAAGCAGGCAAAUCCAAAAACCUGGCCGCGUUCUGCAGGUAAUUUGUCAUGCUGUAUGGCCUACGGAAGACAUGCCUGCCUUGCUAGGCGCCUGCACCAAAACACACCUGCUCCCGCUUUGUACUUGCCUGCACUCCUCUACUGCAAGACAAAGCCGAUUUGUGUACAGAAAUCCCGCAUCACAGAUUUCCACUUCGAUAUGGGGAGGGGGGAUUUUUCCUUUUGAUAGCGGUGCUUUCGUCGAGGAGGUGAGCAACCGGCAAAAAGAUAUCCUGAGUAAAAACGUCCCCACCCCAGAGUUGUCAUGCACAUUUGUAAUGCGCAGCUGCAUGAGACGAGGCAUUACUAAUCGCGUUUUCUAAUUUGUAAUGCUGUAAACAGGAUGAGAAAGUGGCUUUCUCAUGCGGCUUCCCUUGCCAACCAGCACGACACUGCAGAGGGAAACUUGUCAUGCACAGCUCCCAAAACUUGGAGAUUUGUGUUGCUAGAAUCCCAACUUGACUAUGGGGUGGGGACGUUUUUACUUAGGAUAAAAGAAGCCGCGGUCUCGCUGGACAUUGCAAAAGACGAAAUCACGAUCUUGGAAACAGUAACAGAGCAUUUGCGCACGGAGUUGUUGAAAAUGAAGGAGGACUACGCGAAGACGCACAGCGAUUUAACCGCACAACUGGAGGCGGAGAAGGACGGUAUUUUUGAUUUCCAUAUUGCUUGUGCUGUUGUUCAUCAUGCAUCACAGAUCCAUAUAUAUGAAAAUUUUCGUCCUGUUGGGAUUUUCAUUUUCUAAGAGCAUGACAAACACCACUUGCGCUUAUCCCCACCGAAAUAAAAGGUCGCUCCAACCAGCAGAAAGAGCUCGACUUGGUCCGCCAGGAGUGGGAGAAAGAGCGGGAGGAAACCGAGAAGGUGAUCAGCGAGAAGCGAAAUCAGCUGCAGUCCAUGAAAAACUCUAUCAACCACCUCCAGGACCGACACCAAAACAAACCGAAAAACGCGAAGGACACGAAUUUCGCCAAGUACGUGAAGCAGGCGAUGAAGGGGAUUUUGCUGGAAAAAAUCGCGGAGAAGGAAUCCAAACGGACCUUGACGGUCUUCGUCGACGCGAAUAAUAACACCCUGAUGUACAAACGGUCAGGAAUCACGGGGGGAACCAUGACGGUGAAUUUGGCGGAAGUGAUUCAUUUCGAGUGGGGGUUUUCCUCCCGGGCUUACGUGGUCGCGUCGAAGAAGCUGUUCAAGCUGCCGGCGAAGGGCGAAAAACCGGGUUUGAAGCCGUGGCUGUGUUUCAGCAUGUACACGAAAAUAUCCUGUGCAAAAGUAUCGUACUCGUACUAAUCGCAUUCAUGCAAUACAAAUUUCUUUCUGAGGAUAAAUCCGCAUUUACAAGUUUUCUUUCUCAUGCUGAGGAAAUUUGUCAUGCGAUAUAUACUACUAGGUAGUGCGAUGCUUUUGCAUUUCAUAGAAAAAUCGAUCGUUCGACUUCGUCGUGCCAGACUCUUCGAAGGCGGAAGAGGUAUGGAACUUUAAUUAAAGAUAGGAGUUUAUCAUGCGUGAUGCUUUUGCGAUAAGUAAGAAAUCGAUUUUUGCCGAGCUGGGGGCGUAUCAUGACCCACGCCGCAGAGUAAGUAGUGUAAGUUAAAGUUUUAUUAUUUCAUUUUCAUCAUUGACGACGUCUUUCUUAAAACAGGAUCUCCAAUGCAUCCUUCUGGCCCUCUCUGCCCUCUGUAAAGUCGCUUCGGGCACCAUGCAGACCCGGGGGCAGUUUCUGAUCAAAAAGGCUAUGAUGAAGAUGGACGACCAGUGCAAGUGGCGGGGAUUGACACGAGCGGCGUUGGUAUACAAAGCGCUGGAAAAAACCGCCGCGGAACAGGGCGAUCCGUUACCACCAAAGCCGGAAAGACCGGUCGCGGCGCCGGCGGCAGCGGCGGGUAGCAGUGGCGGGGGGAAGAAGUAAUAAUGGAGCUCGUACUAGUAGGCGGUAGCGAAGUGGAUACGGCGACAGAGUUGAGUGAUUUUAUGGAAACCGAAAUUGAAAUGAACGAUAAGCCUAAAUAAACUUGAUUGAAAUUAGCAGUAACAACAUCAAGACAGAAAUAAGCAGAAAAAUAGUAUACUACGUCGAGCCAGACCCAGAUCCCAAAUCUAAGUGUAAGUAGAAAUUUUCACCCCUAUAAUACUUUCAAUUUCCCUGUGUACCUUCGCGUUCCUCAUACGCAUACGCAUAGCGACCUUGUUUGGCACACCACUCCGACCAGUGCAGGUACAGUGUGUUGGACCAAGAGAAGCUGGUGCGCAAUGACCUACCUUGUUGAGCUGUUGUUUGUAUCUGGGCUGGCCCUCCUGCGUUUUGUUUCAAAUGAAGAAAAUCGACUUAAAAUACCAGUAUCACUACAACGUAAGCGAGAAAAAUUAUUUAGAAACCUUAAAAAACUCAGAGCGGAACCCGAACCGCCACAGGAUGUGCGUGUAUGAUGAAUCAAGACGACGCUAUAAAUGUACAUUAAAGCGAAAGAGUACUAGACGUGCCGCUUCGCGUUUUGUGCCUCUGCAUUUGGAGUUGAAUAAAUGUACUUACAGUUACAGC